AUGGAUGGCGAUGCAGCAAAGGUGCGGGGGAGUGGUACCCGGAGCAUUGGGGUUGGGGUCUUGGGGGCGUGUCAUCAGAAAGGAAAGGCGGCGAUUAUUGGGACUGAACGCGAUCGCUAGAUGUACACCGCUCACGAAGUGUGGUCGGGAGCGCAUGCUCAUGAUCGACCGCCGGCGCUGUGUUUCGAACAUGUGUGCGGGCCAACGGAUGGAUGUUGGCGUGCUCCCUCGACUUUUUUUAGUGCGCCAUCUAAUUAAGGACCGGUCGUGGCUGUGCCAUCUGAGUCCGUUUCCUUGGCUUGGACGUACUUGAAGCUGUCGAAGAAAGCGGCAGCAUUCUCUCCGCCAAAAUACUUUUGGACGUUUCCAAGUUCAGCACGGGGACGACUAUAUCCGCACGGUGGUGACUUCUUGUUCAGUUUUUGUAGGA